AUGUCGACCCCGCCCCUAACGCUUAUCACCGCCGAUGGUACCGCGACGUCAACGAACUGCCGGUACGGUUGGGUGCAAUUCCGGAGGUUUUAUCAAGCUCUCCUCGGCAGCGUUCGGUUUCUCCACUCGUUGGAGAACGUCCAAUCGUUGCAGUUCGGUCGCGUGGCCUGGAAGGAACUGCUGAAGACCGACAAGUGGUCGAAGCUUUUCGAUCCUGAUGCUGCGCCGCAAUCAAAGGACGAGCGCCUCCUCGUCGCGGUCACGACCAUCCGCGAGCUGGCAAGCAAGUGCCGCGUUGCAUUCCCGACAGUCGACCCCAACGUUUCGUACUUUGGCAAGAAGGUGAUCGCCAGCGACGUUCAGAGCGCGGCCUGGGGGUCCCUAAUCAUCUGGGACAUCAACGAACAUGCCGUCCACCAGGAUCUUCUCCUCCUCGCUUACCGUUUCCUUGGGCGCAAGUACCGCGACGGGAAGGUGCCGACGAAGACCUUCGAGGAUACCGUCGCCGCCGUCCGCGCUUGCAUGGCGGACCAUGCUUUCGACUUCGACCGCACACCUGCAUCUUCGAACGGCUUCGGGGACGCGGACGGCAGAAGGCGGAGCGACUAUGUAUACGCGCUGGUGCUCUUGAUGAAGGAUUGGAAGGUCACAGGGUCGCCGGUGUUGCCGACGUACACGCUGAACAGAGAGCAAAUCUCGAAGUCAUCUUACCUCGCGUACGAAAGAGCGGUCGUCAACGCGUACAUCACGACGUUCCGCGAUGAGUUCCGCCGACUCCCCUCCCUCCCCUUCCAGCACCCCGGCAUCCCUCCUGCGUGA